GUCCAGGCUUUUCCCCUUUGAUCCUUGUCUCCAUCUCCCAAUCUUCCCAUCUUCUGGCCCUCUUCAAAGCAGGUCAUCCCAAUUCUCGACCCUCUCGCGCUUGACAUUUUGGGUACCUCCUGGUCAUUUGCUGUUCCUAAACACUCAUCUUGCCAAUACCGUGGCGACCAGACAACAAGUGAAAGUGGUUGAUCAUCAUACAUGGCUGGACAGUAAGGCGGCUCGUGAACAUCGACGCUCCGCCCACGAGAGAGCCACUGGCCCGGCACAUACCUUCACGAUGCACUCCCCAGCCUCCUCGGCAUCGCCACGAUCGUCCCUAGGGACGUGGUCGCCCACGACUCCGAGCUUCUCAAGCAAGUUCAGGAACCGUGUUCCUACGCAGAUGAGAAGAUGCAUUCCCAUCUACCUCACUUGCGUUCUUGUUUUCCUCCUCAUUCUAAACGCCGACCUGUUCACGGUGUCGAUACCCAAAGGGAAUAAUCAGGUCUUCAGGCGUGGCGGGACAAAAGCAAAGCAAGGCUCGACCUCGACUGCUUCCGUCCAAGUGUUACCACCAACUACUGUUGGCUUCCCGAAGAAGAUAUGGCAGUCAUGGAAGGUGGACCCACUGCACUUUGAGCUACGCGACAGCAAUACUGCGCGGACGUGGUUGCAGAGGAACCCAAACUUUAGGUACGAGGUCCUCACCGACACCAACGACGUCGGUUAUGUCGAGCAGCAUUUCGGCCCCGGAGGCUUCGACCGUCCAGACAUUGUCGACCUGUAUCGCAACAUCAACGCCACAAUCAUCAAGGCAGAUUUGUUGCGCUACAUGGUCAUGUAUGCCGAGGGCGGUGUAUAUGCAGACAUUGAUGUCGAGGCACUCAAGCCGGUCUCGCGGUUCAUCCCGGACCACAGGUAUGCCGAGGAGGACAUCGACAUGGUGAUCGGCAUCGAGAUCGACCAGCCCGAGUUCAAAGACCAUCCAAUCCUUGGGAAGAAGUCGCAGUCUUUCUGUCAGUGGACGUUCAUGGCGCGGCCUCGGCUACCAGUCAUGAUGCGUCUGAUUGAGAACAUCAUGUCCUGGCUCGCCGACCUGGCCAAGCAACAAAACGUACCCAUCUCAGAGGUGGUCAUGGACUUUGACCAAGUCAUCUCCGGGACUGGCCCGUCGGCCUUCACCAUCGCAAUCCUCGAGGAGAUGAACGCCAACCGCGCCAAAGACACGCCCGAAAUCACAUGGGACGUGUUCCACGACUUGGACGAGUCGAAGAUUGUGUCUCGAGUUCUUGUCCUGGACGUCGAGGCUUUCGCGGCCGGGCAGGGGCACAGUGACAGUGGCAAUCACAACGCGCGGGGCGCGCUUGUAAAGCACCACUAUCACGCGAGCAACUGGCCGAGCCGUCACCCACGAUUCACCCACCCAGUGUAUGGUCCUGUAGAGCACUGCAACUGGGAGCCCAACUGCGUGGCACAGUGGGACGCAGACACAGCCGCCUUCGCACUCAUGACCCCAGAGGAGCAAAAGACGCUGGCCGAGGAGAUUGAGGCCGAGAGGAAAGCCACAACAGCGCAGCAAGAGCAAUUCCUCGCGAGGAUCGCGCAGCAGCAAGAGGCGCUCCAACAGCCCCUUCACCUUGGACAGCAGCAGUUCGGUGCGCCGGUUCCGGCACCCGCAAAGCCCGAGCCCGAGGCCGAGGCCGAGGCAGAGGUCAAGGCCGAGCAACCAGAGUGAUCGUGCCUUGUCGUUUGAUUCCAUUCUUCAACAUACACAAGAAUUCGGGUUUGGCCUCUAUUUUGGAGCUCACGGCGUUUGAAGAGGGUAAGCGGCUUGACCAAGUCGCGGCGACGGCGGACGGUACAUGCUGCAGACCUCUUGCCUGCUGACUGGGCUGCUGCUGCUGCUGAAGUUGGUUGUCUUUCCUACAUAGAGACAAGGAUGUCGUCGUUUCAAGCUUCGCGAUACGGAGUACAGCCCCAUAUCCCUCCACUGUGGAUCGCCAAGAUUGGUGGUUGUCGCAGUGUAUGGAGAGUGGAGAGUGGGGCAUGUGCAAGCCAGGUGGAGCUCUUGCCCUCGAGGCGGCCGCGACGGUGUAGACUGGUUAUCUGAUAGACGCAUAUGUUUUGAUGUAUUAUGAUGCAGAUGCGAGAGGCGCGGGUUCUUCUCGGGGAUCAGGAUUUAUGUGGUGGGAAGAAGGGCCACAGCCGCCGUCGUACCUCGCUGUCAUGGUCUCGUGGGCGGGGGCGUGGGCGUGGGCGUGGGCAGUGGCAGCUUCAGAACAAGGCUGAAGCCUGCCUGCCUCUGUCCGGGUGUCCCAAGGGAGUGCAAUCCUUGGGGCUCAAGAGCCAUGGCGGUCAACAAAGUUGACCUUGGUUAGGGUGGACUUGUUCGCAGGCCCAAGGCAAUGCUCGAGACCCCCACGGCGAGAUUGCAAAUUGUCGAUGCGGCAUCGAGCUGGUUCGUGCCGCGCUGGGCAAAUGGAGGGCUGUUCUGCGACAGAAGCUGGACGGGCCUGGCCACGAGGAGGUAGAAUCAGCGGAUAAGGGGAUAUACCCGUUCUAGUACAAGAUUUUGUCAAUAAAGACACAUUUUCAAACA